AUGCACAUAUUUUUGCUGUUAUUCGCUGGAGGAUGGAUCGUGGAGGCCGAGUUGAACGCGGAUCCUUCUCUGACCUCCUCCCCCUCGUCGAACAGCUCCCGCAAAUUCCAGCUGAUCUCCGAGCCGGCAAUCAGAAAUCUACUACUAAGGCCGAUCCCGAAAAAGCAUGCCAACAUGCUCCCAAAUCUACAGCACACGAUGGCCUUGCCGAAGUUGAGGGAUGAAAUGGUGAUCGGGCAAGACAGCUUCGCCUUUAUGCGCGGCCGGGAAAUUCGGCGAAAACCGGUGAAGGCAACGAAAAGUGAGGAAUAUUCUUCGGAGGAAUCGAUGGAAGAGGAUCCGGAAAUUACUCGAAUUAUGGCCGAGAUGGGCGAGGCGAAGGCGGAGAUACCGAAGAUUCCCGAAAAUUUGAUUGUACCCCAUUUCGAGAAGCCUAUCUACGACGUAAAAGCCCCGCUGGGCGGCUAUAAAAUGGCAUACCCAUUGACGCUCCUCCCAUUUGUCACCCAGCCCGGCGGUGAGGCCCCAAUCUUCACUAUCACCGAAGACCCAAGCCAGCUAAUUCAAAUUGGAAAGAUCAGGCAUAAACAGAAGGACUCGAAAUCGAUCACGUCGGUGGCGGUGGAAUUGCGGUCUGGGGCGGAGUUGAAGGAGGAGGAGAUGAAGGACGGCAAAUACACAUUCGGAAUCAAGGGGCAACUUGGCGACCAGGAGGACACCACCAUGGUUCGCCUUGGAGGGAUUACGCCUCGACGGCCACCCGUCGAUCCGGAAUUCAACAAGGGUGUCGUCGAGAUACCGACUCCAGUCCUCUCCUUCAAAGCGACCGGCGACACCAACGGUACCAUAUCCCUCGAUGCCCUGCCAAACUUCGAGUUCACGGUCCAACGAGAAGGAGAGCAGCAAAAUGACCCAAUCAACCUGAGCAUCAACUCGAAGCUGCUGCAGUUGACGGCGAAGCAAAUCAGUCCCGGAGAGAAAAUAUCUGCCGAGUUGUUUGGAGAGCGUAUCACCCAGAAGCUGCUCGUGAAAGCUAGAGUUCAAGAUGAGGCGGAGGGGUCUGGGAAUUCGGUGGACGGAGGGGAUUCUGGAGAAGAAGACUCCACCGAGACUACUGAUGAUCAACUCCUGCAUUCCGAGCCGGAGGAGGCCAAGCAGGUGGAAAACAUGAUAGAGACGACAAAACUUCGUGACGGGUCGACGUCGGAGGUUGUGGAGGUUUCGGGGAUGAAGUCAGAGAUGAAGGAGUAUGUUUUUACCGUCUCGGAGUCCGCGGAGGAUGGGAUGUUGGUCGGGGAGCUUGAUGGGGAUGCUGGAUAUAACUUGGUCGAUGAAGGACCAUUCAAACUCGAAAACUCUCAAAUUCUCCUGGAUUGUCCCACCAAACCCUGCCUCGACUUUGAGCAGCAACGAAGCUACGACCUCCUUCUCCUUCCCAUCGACGGUGAAUACCACGAAGUUCCACGCCCGCUUCGAGUGAUGAUUAACGUCACCGACGAGGACGAGCACCCGCCCCGACUCGUCGUCCCAACCCACAUGAUCCGCAUCAGCGACGGGGACCUGUUGUCGCCGUAUGGAGUUGAGGUCGAAGAUGAUGACGGCAGCGACGAGAAUAUCGUAAUUCUCGAGGGAGCGGCGGCCGAUUUUCUCAGUUUGGAAAAGGUCGAGGACAAGCUUUAUGAAAUUAAGUCAAUCAAAUCGGCACCAAGCGGCAAAUUCGAGUUGCGCAUCGUGGUGAAGGAUCGGGCAGGGAAAUUUGGAGAUUCGGCGGAACGUGUCGUAGUCGAAGUGGCGAACACAAAGCCAAAUGCCCACUUCCGGAAACCCGAAUACGUUCUGAGCGUCCAGGCCACCGAGUUGAAGAGCGAUCAGCGCUUAGCAGAACCCGAGCUCGAGGGAAUCCCGAUCGAUAUGGUCAAAUUUGUCAUUUUGGGACGUGCGCCAUCGUUUGUUAAAAUCGACGACUACCAUGGGCAUGUGUUGGUUGGAAAUUUGCCAAGCGAGGGCCUCCGCACAGCCACCCACAACAUCUCGAUCGGAGCCGUCAAACGCCAUACCGGCGAGAUUGUCGCUAGAUGCGAAUUUUUGUUGACGAUUCUAAACGGCAACCCGGCACUUUCACCGUUUCCGGAGAAGGUCAUCCACCAAUCGUUUGACAGGGAAUCACUAGACGAAAUUCGGAUACCGCUACUGAUGGAAGAUUUGGAGGAUGCAAAAGUGGAGAAAAUACUUGGAAUCGAUGAGGACGGAUUUCAGAAGGAGAUUGAGAAUAAUUUCACCUCCGAACACUCCAUCCGCAUUCCCCGCUCAACAUUUGCCAAACUCCGCCACCUCACCGUCGAGCUCUCCCACCGAAACCAUUACGCCUCUUUCCUCACCACCCUCACCUCAACCCCGGAAUAUAUCGCCGAAAAACUGAAAGCGGAAAGCCAGCCCCUAUUCAUCCCGCCCUGGGCACCGAAUAGCACACGAAUUACGCGCGAUCUGCAUGAGGAGGCUCCGAUUGGGUCAAUUCUACUCGCCCUGCCGGCCAACAACCCGAAAAGCGGCGAGAUGGUGACGGUGAAGAUGUCCGGGAGGGAUGCCGACAAGUUUUUGAUCGAUCAGAAGACUGGUUCGAUCACCAUCAAUUCCCGGCUAGACUACGACAGUCUGAAACCAACCCAACGCACCCUCGAGCUGAUUCUCGAAGCCGGCGACCCAGGCUACGUCUCCAAAGCCGAGAUUUUUGUGCACCUAAAAGAUAUCGAUGACAAUGCGCCAAUGUUUAUGACGAGCGGAGUGCCAAAAGAACUUGAUCUCUCCGAAGACACGGCCCCCGGCACCGAGCUGUUCAAGCUGGAGGCCAUCGAUCUGGACGAGGUCUCGACGGGAAAACUACUGUAUUCGCUGGCCGGCCACGGGCAUGAACACUACGAAAUAAAAGAGAAAAACGGCUCUAUGGUCUUCCAAGUGGCCCCGAAAGCGGAUUUGGAUCGAGAAAUGGGUGCUGAACACUAUUUGGUGCUACGAGUCGAAGAUCCCGCCGGAAAUCGCGAUGAGAUUACGUUGACUCUGUCGCUCCUCGACGCCAACGACAAUACCCCGGCCUUUGAUGAGGGUCCCGACGGGUUUGAAGUUACGGUAGUGGAGAAUUGGCCAAUUGGAGCGUUUAUCGAUCGAUUCGAGGCGAGAGACGCGGAUCAGGGGCAGAGGAUCAGCUAUAGUCUCCAGGGUGAUGGGGCGGAGAAAUUCGAGAUCGAUUCGGUCACGGGUGUGUUGAGGAUUGGUGCGGAUUUGGCGGGGAUGGCCAGUCCGGAACCGUACUCCUUGCAGUUGGUGGCCGAGGAUGACGGAGAACCCUCCUUGAAUACGACGGUACCCCUCCGCAUCCGCAUCCUCGUCCCACAGUAUAUUGCCAACUACGGACGCGACACCGUCGAGUACACCCGGCCAGCCAACGACUUUGUGCUCCGACUGCCGGAGAACACCCCGAUCGGGAAGGUCGUCUACAACGUGAUGGCCAUCAGGCGAGCCGAUGCCGGCAACUCGUCCGAGCGCAUCAAGUACACGGCUACGCCCCUCUCAUCCGCCGAUGAGGGAUAUCUGGAUGUGGACGAGCGAACGGGAGAUAUUUUCGUAACGGGGGCUCUCGAUUACGAAAAGCUCCGUUUUAUUACGUCGACCUCACGAACACCAAAGUUAAUGGCCAAUGACCCAAGCCCGGGGAGGUCAAAGAGUCCGGGCAUCACCAACCGUAUCGUCAUCCAUUUGCGCCAGAAACGUGACGGCGAUUUUGAUCAGGCGGAUUUGCACAAUGUUGUUCCAAAGCUCGUCGCUUCCGAACUCGCCGCCCCGAACAAAAAACCCCAACGAUCCUUGGAAACCAAACCGCCACGCCUCAUCCGCGAUUCUGAAUUCAUAGAGGUGGAAAAGCGGAGCACCGGGAUCCUCAGGAGGCAGAGCUCGAAACGCAGCGAGUACGUGACAUGCUCGGAUGACGGACCGGGGAUACGAGACAAAACUAUGAACAUCUAUCUGCCAGGCGGUGCCGGGCAUACCGGAAGACAACCAGAAUCGGGAGAAGCUGGAAAGGAACGAACCGGGAUUCUGAAGAAUGGGACCGGAAAGAAAAGAACAUCCACCAUGAGCUCCGGAUCGUCGAUGGGCAGCCCGCCGGGGAGGAAGUGGAGUGCAGGAAGUCAGACGGAGCUGCACAUCCGAAUCCCAGACUCUCCACCCUCCUCAGCCUCCCUAUCGCUCCUCUCUUCUGGCCCUCGUCCAUCGAUUCGCAUUGUCAGACAGGAUCCAGAUGAUUCGAGUGGCUAUGAAUCGGGAUAUUUAUCCCAUAUUGAUCUCAAUACUCCGGAUCUACUUUCGAGGCCCGGUUCGGAACUCCAGCGGCCAGAAUCUCGCCAAUUAAAGGAGCCGGGAAGGCGGCCAUACCGGGCCGAGUCCCACGACGAGAUACGGGCAUUCCGGAGCCCGCCGGACGUGCCGGGGUCGCUCGCCCGUUCAGCCACCGCCUCGCAUAUUGGACUGAGCGAGCAGUUGGUGUCCGGGUUACGCAACCGCAUCGACAAGACCAAGUUCAUCACGUGCACGUUCGAGGCGUCAAACGCGGGGCUGGAUACGGUGCUGCCGGAUGUGGUACAGGAAUUGAAGAGACUAAAAGAAGCUGUGCACGCCGUGCUCCGCGAGAACAACCGAGCCGUCCUCCGGGCCGAAGAUGAGGCCGGCGACGUGAAGCUGUCCAGCGAUCGCCUGGCCAAAUCGAAUACGCGGGAGAAUCAGCGGAGAAAUCAGAGGAGCGAUAGUUUUGAAGGUGUCUACCAGCGGUGUUACAUCCAUCUUCUACCAUAUUGUCACCAUGAUACUGCACAUUGGCAUCAUCCGUAUUGGGAUUGGGAGAGUCUCGAUCGGAAUAUGCCGAUUCUUCCUCACGCUGAACUCUUCGCCGCCCGGGACACCGACCCGAAGACGUCGACGAUUCUAGCGCUGCACCUGCUCCUCCGAGCCGAGCACCCCCUAUUCGAAGACUCGGCCGAUGAGCGUCUCCUUCGUGUCGAUCUUGUUGACGCAGAUGACAACCAGCCACAAAUUAUGCAGAGCCCGUACACCGUAUUCCCAGUUCGUCUACCGGCCGGCGAAACGACGAAAAUUGGGCGCAUCGCGGCGUUCGACCUCGACGCCGAGCCGUUCAACCGCAUCACCUACCAUUUGAUGCCGAAAUGCAAUCAGCAAUAUUCUGACCUUGUUGAAGUUGACGCGGCCACUGGGGUGCUAGCCUUUACCAGAGAGGUGCCGAAGAGCGUCGCCGAGUUCGAGACGUUCUGCGUACUGGCCAGCCCAUACGAAGCAGCGCACGUGUCCCGCCUCGAGUACUCGCCCACCAACUCCUCGAUGCUCCGCUUUCGACUGCAUUUUGUGGCCGAUCACUUCCACUUCCCUCAGAUGCCAUUUAGGACUAACAAUACGGUGUUGACAGUCGACCCCGACUUCGAGGAGUUGCGCUUGCCGUUGGCCCCGCCCCAUAAUAUUCCAGCAAAUGUCAGCUUUUACUUCCGGGAAUUCAGCUUUGAACCGGCCACCUAUUCCGCACCCACUUCCACCAAUUCCACUCCAACCCUCUUUGCGGUUGACCCACAAACUGGCUCGCUGCGCAUCUCCCCAUUCUUCGGCGAGAGCGAGCAGGGCAUCUACACAAUCCACACCGAGGCCAUCGACGACAAAUCCGGCAAACCGUUCGCCAGCUAUUUGCAAAAUGUGCACCUCGUCAGUGACACCCAAAAGGUUCGACUGGUCUCCGAGCUGGCCGUGCCCGAGCUCGCCUAUAAUGGGGAAAAGCUGUUGAGGCAAUUGACAGCAGCGUUGCAGCACGAGGAUCCGGAUCGGGCUGUAGAUGUGGUUGGAGAUCGAUUGGAGAAGUAUCCGGGAGAGAAGGAGAGGGCGGGCCUCUGCGUGCACGUGGCAAAAAGCGGCCGGGUGUUGUCACGCGAGGAAGUCGUGGCUUUAAUCGGGCAAGCGGUGCGAAGGGCCGAUUCUUCACUUCAUAACAUCUACCACAUCUACAAGAUCGUUUCGGUUGAGGCCUGUACGCCAUCGACGAAAAAGCAUGACCGAUUGAGGAGCAGCUCGAUUUCGAACUCGUGGCUAUUCUUGCUCUGCAUCACCAGUGUCGCUCUCCUCGUGAUGUUCGCCGUCACUUCUUACUACUGCCUGGUGCAUAGAUAUCGAGUACGGGCCCAGGAGAAGCACCGCAUGCGAGUGCAAAAAGGCCCAUACCCGAGUGGCACGCUCCCAGCGCUACCUCCGUCGCAUCUUGGGCUACCUCCAAUGUAU